UGGGGGCAAGAAGAAAGGAAGUCUAUCCCAGGGUGGCGUGUGCCGCUUUCCCCACCCCCUCCCUUUCCUCAGCAGGCUUCUUCCCCGCUGCGUGUCCCUGGGGUCCAGGCGGGGCAGGGUCUAGGCAAAGGCGCCGCGGCAGCUUGGGGAGCGCAUCCGCAGCUCGAGCGUCAGGCCCGAGGGCACAGCGGGCAGAGGAAGAGGGCUCGCAGCUUGCCCACUCCCCUCCAUCUCUCCUCCUCUCCCGGCUUUUGUGUUGAUGCCUCGGAGCUGCAAGGAGGGUGCGCUGGAGAAGGAGGAGGGGGGCCUGGGGUGAGAGGCACCCCCUUCACGCGCGCGCGCGCACACGUUGCCGGCGCACGCACACACAGGCGGACACACACUCACAGACACACACACACGCACAAAGCUCGCUCGCCUCGAGCGCACUAACGUGGCCGUUUUCUUUGUGUGGAGCCCUAGAGGGGGUUGGGGCCCCGGUCCGGGCCGGGGAGAUGGCACAGCCCAUCCUGGGCCAUGGGAGCCUGCAGCCCGCCUCGGCCGCUGGCCUGGCAUCCCUGGAGCUCGACUCGUCGCUGGACCAGUACGUGCAGAUUCGCAUCUUCAAAAUCAUCGUGAUUGGGGACUCCAACGUGGGCAAGACCUGCCUGACCUUCCGCUUCUGCGGGGGGACCUUCCCAGACAAGACUGAGGCCACCAUCGGCGUGGACUUCAGGGAAAAGACCGUGGAAAUCGAAGGCGAGAAGAUCAAGGUUCAGGUGUGGGACACAGCGGGUCAGGAACGCUUCCGCAAAAGCAUGGUCGAGCAUUACUACCGCAACGUGCACGCAGUGGUCUUUGUCUAUGACGUCACCAAGAUGACAUCCUUCACCAACCUCAAAAUGUGGAUCCAAGAAUGCAAUGGGCAUGCCGUGCCCCCACUAGUCCCGAAAGUGCUCGUGGGCAACAAGUGUGACUUGAGGGAACAGAUCCAGGUGCCCUCCAACUUAGCCCUGAAAUUUGCCGAUGCCCACAACAUGCUGUUGUUCGAGACAUCAGCCAAGGACCCCAAAGAGAGCCAGAACGUGGAGUCGAUUUUCAUGUGCCUGGCUUGCCGAUUGAAGGCCCAGAAAUCCCUGCUGUACCGUGAUGCUGAGAGGCAGCAGGGGAAGGUGCAGAAACUGGAGUUCCCACAGGAAGCUAACAGUAAAGCUUCCUGUCCUUGUUGAAACCAAAUGGUGUACAUACAAGAUCAAUUAUCACUGGAGUUUUUUCUUUCCCUUUUUUCCGUGCCUGCAUCAUGCUGACGAC